AUGGCUGAAAUCGAAAAGGCUACCACUCCAACCAAGGAGAAGGCUCCAGUUUUGGACGAAGAAGAAGAUGAUGACAUCGACGCUUUGAUCGAUGAAUUGCAAUCCAACAAGGGUGCCGAAGACAACGAAGAAGAAGAAGAUGACCAUGCUGCUACUUCUUACCGUCCUGUUCCUGAGGAAUUGUUACAAACCAACCCACAACAAGGUUUGUCUGACGAUGAAGUUAGAAAGAGAAGAAAGAAGUACGGUUUGAAUCAAAUGGCCGAAGAAAAGGAAAACAUGAUUGUUAAGUUCUUGGGUUUCUUCAUUGGUCCAAUUCAAUUCGUUAUGGAAUCUGCCGCCAUUUUGGCUGCCGGUCUUGAAGAUUGGGUCGAUUUCGGUGUUAUUUUGGGUCUUUUGGCUCUUAAUGCCGCUGUCGGUUUCAUUCAAGAAUACCAAGCCGGUUCUAUCGUUGAUGAAUUGAAGAAAACUUUGGCUAAUUCUGCCUUUGUCAUCAGAAAUGGUGCUCUUGUUGAAAUCCCAGCCAAUGAAGUUGUCCCUGGUGAAAUUUUGCAAUUGGAAGAAGGUACCGUUAUUCCAGCUGAUGGUAGACUUGUUUCUGAAGACUGUUUCUUGCAAGUUGAUCAAUCUGCUAUUACUGGUGAAUCUUUGGCUGUCGACAAGCACAAUGGUGAUGAAAUGUUCUCUUCCUCCACUGUCAAGAGAGGUGAAGCUUUCAUGUUGGUUACUGCUACUGGUGACAACACUUUCGUUGGUAGAGCCGCCGCUUUGGUUAACAAAGCUGCUGGUGGUUCCGGUCAUUUCACUGAAGUUUUGAACGGUAUUGGUACUGCGCUUUUGGUUUGUGUCAUUGUUACUUUGCUCGUUAUCUGGACUGCCUGUUUCUACAGAACCGCCAAGAUUGUUAGAAUUUUGAGAUACACCUUGGCCAUCACCAUUGUUGGUGUCCCAGUUGGUUUGCCAGCUGUUGUUACCACUACUAUGGCUGUCGGUGCUGCUUACUUGGCUAAGAAGCAAGCUAUUGUCCAAAAAUUGUCUGCUAUUGAAUCUUUGGCUGGUGUCGAAAUCUUGUGUUCUGACAAGACCGGUACCUUGACCAAGAACAAGUUGUCCCUUUACGAACCAUACACUGUCGCUGGUGUUACUGCCGACGAAUUGAUGUUGACUGCUUGUCUCGCUGCUUCCAGAAAGACUAAGGGUCUCGAUGCCAUUGACCGUGCUUUCCUCAAGUCUCUUGCUGGUUACCCAAGAGCUAAGGCUGCUUUGAUGCAAUACAAGGUUUUGGAAUUCCACCCAUUUGACCCUGUUUCCAAGAAGGUUGUCGCUCUCGUUGAAUCCCCAGAAGGUGAAAAGAUUAUCUGUGUUAAGGGUGCCCCACUUUUCGUUCUCAAGACUGUCGAAGAAGACCACCCAAUCCCAGAAGAUAUCCAUGAAGCUUAUGAAAACAAGGUUGCUGAAUUUGCUAGCAGAGGUUUCCGUUCUCUUGGUGUUGCCAGAAAGAGAGGUGAAGGUCACUGGGAAAUUUUGGGUAUUAUGCCAUGUUUGGAUCCUCCAAGAGAUGAUACUGCUCAAACUGUUCACGAAGCUAGAACUUUGGGUCUUAGAGUUAAGAUGUUGACUGGUGAUGCCGUUGGUAUUGCUAAGGAAACUUGUCGUCAAUUGGGUCUCGGUACUAACAUCUACAAUGCUGAACGUCUCGGUUUGUCUGGUGGUGGUGACUUGCCAGGUUCUGAAAUUGCUGACUUUGUUGAAAAUGCUGAUGGUUUCGCUGAAGUUUUCCCACAACACAAGUACAACGCCGUUGAAAUCUUGCAAAACAGAGGUUACUUGGUUGCCAUGACUGGUGAUGGUGUUAACGAUGCUCCAUCCUUGAAGAAGGCUGACACUGGUAUUGCUGUCGAAGGUGCUUCUGACGCUGCCCGUUCUGCUGCUGAUAUUGUUUUCUUGGCCCCAGGUUUGUCUGCUAUCAUUGAUGCUCUUAAGACUUCCCGUCAAAUUUUCCACAGAAUGUACGCCUACGUUGUCUACCGUAUUGCUUUGUCUUUGCACUUGGAAUUGUUCUUGGGUUUGUGGAUUGCUAUCUUGAACAGAUCUUUGGACAUUGAUCUUGUUGUUUUCAUUGCUAUUUUCGCUGAUGUUGCCACUCUUGCCAUUGCUUACGAUAACGCUCCAUACGCUAAGAAGCCUGUCAAGUGGAACUUGCCACGUUUGUGGGGUAUGUCCAUUGUCUUGGGUGUUAUUCUUGCUGUUGGUACCUGGAUCACUUUGACUACCAUGUUCAUGAAGAAGGGUGGUAUUAUUCAAAACUUCGGUGCUAUUGAUGGUGUCUUGUUCUUGCAAAUCUCCCUUACUGAAAACUGGUUGAUUUUCAUCACCAGAGCUGAAGGUCCAUUCUGGUCUUCCCUCCCAUCUUGGCAAUUGUCCGGUGCCGUCUUGAUUGUCGACAUCGUUGCUACUUGUUUCACCUUGUUCGGCUGGUGGUCCCAAAACUGGACUGACAUCGUUACCGUUGUUAGAAUCUGGAUCUGGUCUUUCGGUGUCUUCUGUGUCAUGGGUGGUGCUUACGUCUUGAUGAGUGAAUCUGAAGCUUUCGACAGAUUCAUGAACGGUAAGCCAAUCAAGGAAGAAGCUCCACAAAGAUCCUUGGAAGAUUUCGUUGUUGCUAUGAGAAGAGUCUCUACCCAACACGAAAAGUCUGGUUAA